AUGGCGCGCAUCAAUGAAUAUCGGCAACGACGCCGGACUCCAGUUAAGAGACACCAGCCGCCAGCGGAACGACGUUUCCUUGACACACGGCCCAAGUUACUAGUUAGUAAACUGCCAGCUCUUCUCUCUCGUCUAAUUUUCCCGGAAGCAGCAAGGCCAUCGUUGAUCCCACGUUUUCCCAUCAUCCGUGCACAUCACGCCGGGCCUCACGCCCUAAAACUACCGAAUGAGGGGUCCGGAUAUGCCGUGAUUGGUAGGCCAGGGCGUCAUAGGCUCACAGAGUCGCAGCUUUUUACCGUGAAGCUCAGAGCUCUGCCGCUCUUCUUCUCAGGGCCGCUCGCUCUGUCAGAGCUGACGCAAGCCGUAACCCUAACCUCCACCGGAGCUUUGCCUUCUUCAGCAGCUCGGCCGGUACGCCACCUCGGCCGGCCAAGCGGCCUCUCCAGUCUCUUGGGCAUCUGCGAUCCUAUCAUACCAUAUCAUCUAGGAUCUUGGACUCUUGCAUAUGCCAAGGGGCGCUCCCUCGAGGUUGAAGAGGAGGUUGGUAUUUGGAUAUUCGGAGAAGAGACAACAUCCCGUGCAUACACGAACCCGCCCCUUUCUCGGGGGUUCCCUCUGAUGGGCGACGCUGCUGUUCAGAGUUUAUCCGUCCAUAUGACAUGCCUCCCUCCCCAUCCCCCUCGGCCCAGCGUCCCGAAUAGACGGGGCCCUCUCGUCUGUGCUAAGCAUGUCAAGUCAACAUGGAGAAGGUGGAUCUCCCCCCUUCCCCCUCCCCCCCCCAGCUCCGCGGGAGAAGCUGGCCCCCCCUUGCCUUGCCCAGCCCAGUACGUCCGUAGCCAGACCUCCCUCGCCGGCGCAACGCGUAACGGCAGGACAGACAAUAAUAACCCAUGCGCCGCCAUCCAUGCGCGCGCCACGCCUCCCUUCUCGAAGGCCGGCCGAACAGACAGUGAGAUACGACAAAAGCGACGGGCCCCUAUCCUGGCCCCGGUCGCUAUGCCACAUGGCUACCAGGGGCCUGCCCCUGAGCGGUUCGCAAAUACGGAGCCCUUCCUGGCGACGCAUCCAUGA